AUGCGUUCCACAGCAAUUAUCGCUCUCGCCGCCGCUUCCAGCAUCGCUCAAGGUCAGAGAGUUGCUUCUCGACAAACCGUUGAUCCAUUUGGCAUAAAUGAGCUCAUCAACGGAGACUUCGGCGCUUCCGUCGACGCUUCCGCCGACGCUUCCGCCAAUGCUGGAAAAGGUCAGAAAGUUGCUUCUCGCGGUGUGCAGGCCUUUUCCUUCGGCGCCUCGUCUUCAACUGGCGUCGACGCGGACGCCGAGGUUGGAGACGACACGGCAAAGGAGAAGAGAGGUGUGGUCGACUUCAGCAACCUCGAUGUGAGCACCUCGGCUUCAGCCGACGCCGACGCUUCCGCCAACCUCGGAGACGAUGCGGCAAAUGAGAAGAGAGUCUCCUCUCGCGGYGAGAUGGAGAUUGGCCCCUUUGGCCCCUUUGCCCUCGACGUCUCGACUUCAACUAGCGCCGACGCUUCCGCCACCGCCGGAGAUGGCGCGGCAAAUAAGAAGAGAGUCUCCUCUCGCGGAAUCAAUGUUUUGUCGCUUCCCCCCCUUGCUGUCGACGCCUCGUCUUCAACUAGCGCCGACGCUUCCGCCAACGCCGGAGAAGACGCGGCGAACGAGAAGAGAGGUGCGAUUAUGCUUCCGAUUGGAGGCCCCCUGUCCCUUGACGCCUCCGCUCGAAACGGCGUCGAAGCUUCCGCCAACGCCGGAGAAGAAGACUCUGGGCUAAAAAAGCGCCAGUCCACUCAACAAGCCUAUGGUCAAUGCGGUGGGGACUCGUACAAGGGCCCAACAUCCUGCGCUGCGGGAUCAAAAUGCUACCGUCGCGAUGCUUCUUACUCGCAGUGUUUGCCAACUGUACAGCAGGCGUAUGGUCAGUGUGCGGGUAGCAACUACUUUGGACCGGAUGCUUGUGCGUUGGGAUCUUCGUGCACGAAGUUGAGGAAUGAUUAUUCGCAGUGUCUUCCUGCUGGAAAGGGAGGCGCCAAAGCCGUCGCAUCCGAAGACAUGUUGUCGGAAAAAGACAUGGCUUCUGUGGAUAUGGACCCCAAACACAACCCCGAAGGCGCGGACGAAGACCCCGUGCACGCCGACAUUUCCGCUGAAAUGACAGGAAAGUCCACCGCCGAGAUGGCAGCAGCUCCGGAAUACAAGACCGAAGACACAAUGAUGGCUAUGCCUACUCCUUCAUCCAUGGAGACAGAAAUCAUGACGGCCACGGACUCCAURGUCCCAUCCAAGGAGACCCCGACGGAAAUGGCUAUGCCGACUAUGAAUGACAGCAGCAAGACGAACGCUACCAAGACGAUGGGAUCUAGCAUGCCUUCUGGUACUUCCUCCAUGGGAAUGGGUGGUGACAGGCAGCCUGCGGAGUACGAGGGUGUUGCUGCGAGGGGAUUGGUUGUUCCAGGAAUGGUUUUUGCGAUUGGAAUGGGAGCUGUUUACUUGGCGAUGGGUUUGUAG